CUUGUAAGGGGGGCGUGGGGAGAUAGGAUUGUGGAGUUGGUGCAGAGUAUUGGGGUUGAGAGGAUCUAUAAAGUCACCAAGGCGGUGUGUGCAACAGACUUCAUCGAACCGUGGAAAUACUACGACACGUUCGCUACACGGGACACAGAGGGCUAUUCCCUCGGCGUGCCGAUCUACCCCUGGUUCGCAAACAUCGGACAUGCAGUUAGUCGACGAGAUGUACUGGCGGGCAAAGACAGAGUGAGAGUGAAGAGUUGUUGGGGUGGAAUGGUUGCGUUCGACGGCUCGUUCUUCCAAUCUCCCACCAGCAGCCAAGCUGGGGCGACGAAAGGAGCAUCGUCCGGGAAAGAAGUGCAACUUCCGCUGAAGUUUCGCUCAGAGAAAGAGCCGUUCUGGGAUAGCAGCGAAUGCUGCCUCAUCCACGCUGAUAUCAUGACCGCCUCCCCUAUCUCAACUUUCACGUACCCAGAGCACGAAGACCAGCCAGAUAAGUGGGAUACGGGGAUUUACAUGAACCCCUUCGUGCGCGUCUCGUAUUCGGCUGGUACGCAAAAAUGGAUCUGGCUUGCGAAACACUUCGAAGCCCUCUUUUCCAUCCCGCAAGCUAUCAUCAACAGAUUAGCAAGGAUGCCGCGCUUCAACCCUCGACGGGCGGAGGUGGAGGGACAAGUCAUUCAAGAUAAAUUGUGGAUCUCACUCAAGUCUGGGAAAAGCGAGGAAGAACAG